AUGGAGAAUCACUACACUGUGUUAAAUAUAUCGGAAAGUGCUACUACGGACCAGAUUAAGUUGCGGUAUAAAGAACUUAUUCUUAAACAUCAUCCAGAUAAGCAUACUGCAAAUACAUUAGAUGAUGGAGACUAUGCUCAUCGUAUUCUCAAAGCAUGGGAAACCCUGAGAGAUGCAAAGAAACGUCAAAAUUAUGAUGCAGAACUAAAGGCAAAUCGAUUUCAACAGCCCGCGAUCAAUGCAGAGGUGGAUUUGGAUGACAUGGAAUAUGAUGAAGAGACGUGUACAUUCUCAAUCGAAUGUAGAUGCUCUGGAAUCUAUGCAAUCAAGGAAGAUGAUAUGGAACAAGGGAUUGACGUAGUUUGCUGUGAUCUGUGCUCUCUUCGGAUACGAGUACUGUAUGAUGUUUUAGAAGAUUAA